AUGCGAUCCUACAUUUACUCAGCUUGUGAUGUUAAGGUUGCAACUUCUGUCUUCGAGAUCAGUCCAGGAACAGCAGAUAACCUAAAAUUGAAGUGUGGCCUGCAGGACCUGUGGCUAUCAUCUCAAAUACUGUCAAGUGUGUUCUUCUGGAUCAAACCAAUAAACAAUUCUCUGCUUUCCUCUUUGGAAAGGAAAAAAAGAAAGGAAAAGGAAAAGGAAAAGGAAAAGGAAAAGGAAAAGGAAAAGGAAAAGGAAAAGGAAAAGGAAAAGGAAAAGGAAAAGGAAAAGGAAAAGGAAAAGGAAAAGGAAAAGGAAAAGGAAAAGGAAAAGGAAAAGGAAAAGGAAAAGGAAAAGGAAAAGGGGGAGGGCAGAAGAGGAAAGGAAAGGAAAGGAAAGGAAAGGAAAGGAAAGGAAAGGAAA